AUGGACUCGAUUAAUGAUGCGACUACACUGAAAACAGCAGCCCAAGUUAAAGUUAACGCAAGAUUAAUACCUGCCAAAGAUUUACAUACUUCGUAUGCUGAAAUUCUUUCCAAUGCUGACCCUACAAAAUUUGAAGAUUUGAAAAAACAGCUUCUUCUUGUUAUAGAUACGGCAGAAGCAGAAUAUAGUCUUCUCAACCAAGAAGUUAGCAUACUUAACUCAAUGAUUCCUCAAUGGAAUAAUGAAAUUACUGCAGCAAAUUCUCAAAUCGACAAAUUGAAAGAAGAAAUAACAGUUUUAGAAAAAGAAAAGCAAGAUGUAGAUGAAAAAUUAGCGAAAUACAACGAAUUAAUGAAAUUAAAAGAAGAAACAUCAAAUAUUCAUACAGAUAAACUCAUCAAAGAUAUCGAAAAUUGUGAGUUAAAGAAUAAAGAGGAUGAGACUAAUAUAGAAAUGGCUGAAAAGUCAAAUGAAAGAAGGAAACAAGCAGUUUUAGGAAUUCACAAGAACAUUCAACUAUUCCUCGGCAAAAAUACUGAUGAACAAGCUUCACCAACUCAAUAG